ACUUUUAACUCGAAGCGACGGACGAACUGUUUCACACUCUGAGCUAAAUGCUAACAAACUACAAUGAACCCGGACUCGAGAACACGCUGAGCCGCUCGCGCCACAUCAAACUUCAGAGAGCGGACUGUACCAUUGUAGAAAAAAGCGUAGGGGGGUGGAGAAAGAACGCGAGAGAGACUUUGGCUCCGUCCAAAACAGCACACUGUUGUUUUACAGAAGUAUGAUGAAUUAGUACGCAGCCAAAGAGGCUCACUCAUAUGGCACACUUUGUAGUGCGGUAGUGUGCGGUUUUAGACCUAACCUCUGAUUUCCGCCGUGGUCCCGCCUCGGCUCGCGUGAGGAAACGGGACUAUUUGCGGAAUAUAAAAGAUGAACAAACUCCGGUUUACGUUAUGCAACACUCGCUCUCUGUUGACUACUGUCGCGUGACGCGCGUGCAGACUUUAUGGCACAGUUUCGCGCAUAAAUCUUCGGUGUCCGUGCGUGCCCGUGCUCAGCGCGUGUCCCGCCGUGUGUUGUGUUGGGCUUCACUUCGUGUCCCGAGCUCCGGUGUGUGCGCGCGAGGCGCAGCCUGUGUCUCUCCCCAUCUCCUCUACUGGUCUCCGCGAGCGUCUGCACACAGCCAUGGCCGGAGACGGUACGGAUCAGCGCGCGCUGCAGUACGAGCAAACUUUGAUGUAUGGACGCUACACACAGGACCUGGGUGUGUUUGCAAAAGAAGAAGCCGCGCGUUUGAGGGAGGAGGCGGUGUUCAGACGUCUGGUGACGGAGAGAAGCCGAUCGCUCGAGCUCCUCGAGUACGAAAAGAGCCGCUGUGCCAAGUGCAGGAUCUGUACAGUUCAUUGUCAGAAGUUCCUGAUCUCACGUGUGGGGGAGGAUUGGAUCUUCCUCAUCCUGCUCGGACUCGUCAUGGCCCUCGUCAGCUUCGUCAUGGACUUCUGUAUCGCCAUCUGCCUUCAAGCUCAGAAGUGGAUGUACGGAGGUUUGGAGGGUAACAUGGUCCUGCAGUACCUGGCGUGGAUCACAUACCCUGUAGUUCUCAUCAGCUUUUCCGCCGGCUUCACACACAUCGUAGCACCUCAGGCUGCCGGUUCUGGUAUCCCCGAGAUGAAGACCAUCCUGAGGGGCGUGGUGUUAAAGGAGUACCUCACCCUCAAAACCUUUGUCGCCAAAGUCAUUGGCCUAACAUGUGCACUGGGCAGUGGGAUGCCCCUGGGCAAGGAGGGUCCAUUUGUGCACAUUGCAAGUCUGUGUGCUGCACUGCUUUGCAAGUUCAUGUCACUCUUCGGCGGAAUUUACGAGAAUGAAUCACGGAACAUAGAAAUGUUGGCUGCUGCGUGUGCUGUAGGUGUUGGUUGCUGCUUUGCAGCCCCCAUCGGAGGCGUGCUCUUCAGCAUUGAGGUCACCUCCACGUUCUUCGCUGUGAGGAACUACUGGCGUGGGUUCUUCGCUGCUACCUUCAGUGCCUUCAUCUUCAGAGUGCUGGCUGUGUGGAACCGAGACGAAGAAACCAUAACUGCUCUCUUCAAGACUCGUUUCCGCCUGGACUUUCCCUUUGACCUUCAGGAACUGCCGGCCUUUGCUGUUAUUGGGAUAGCGAGUGGUUUCGGCGGCGCUCUAUUCGUUUAUCUGAACAGACUCAUCGUCCAGUUCAUUAGGAAGCAGAAGGUGAUCAACAAGUUCCUCAUGAAGAAGCGUCUUCUGUAUCCUGCCCUCGUCACCCUCCUGAUCUCCACAUUGACGUUUCCUCCUGGAUUUGGACAGUUCAUGGCAGGCCAGCUGACCCAGAAGGAGUCUCUGGUGACGUUGCUGGACAACCACACGUGGGCAAAGCAGGGCAUCGCUGAGGAGUUUGAGUACGACGGUCACGCUGCAGCCUGGAAGCACCCUCAGGUCAACGUCUUCGUCACGCUCGUCAUCUUCAUUGUGAUGAAAUUUUGGAUGUCGGCUUUGGCCACCACCAUCCCCGUACCCUGUGGUGCUUUCAUGCCCGUCUUUGUGAUCGGUGCUGCUUUCGGCCGGUUGGUAGGUGAGAGCAUGGCUGCUUGGUUUCCUGAAGGGAUUCACUCAGACGGUGUUGUGUAUUCAAUUGUACCAGGAGGAUAUGCUGUAGUGGGUGCGGCGGCCUUAUCCGGAGCCGUAACACACACCGUGUCCACAGCAGUGAUCGUGUUCGAGUUGACGGGACAGAUCAGUCACAUUCUCCCUAUAAUGAUCGCCGUUAUAUUAGCCAAUGCCGUGGCUCAGAGCCUCCAGCCUUCGAUUUACGACUCCAUCAUACGCAUCAAAAAACUACCGUACCUGCCAGAGCUCGGCUGGGGACACCACGAGAAAUAUAACAUUCGUGUGGAGGACAUCAUGGUGAGAGACGUGAGGUUCAUCACGCUGAACUGCACUUACAGAGACCUGCAUGAUGUCCUGCUCACCGAGCGACUCAAAACACUCGCGCUGGUCGAGUCCUCGGAGUCGAUGAUUUUAUUGGGCUCGAUUGAGCGCGCUCAGUUGCAGGCGCUGCUGUCCAUUCAGCUCGGCCGGCCGCGGAGACUCGAGUUCCUCCGGCAGCGCUCCCAGAGCGAGAAGAAACACUCGGACACACACAGCAGCGAGGAGAAUGUGCACAAGGUCAACCAGGAAGUCCGCUUCCAGAUCUCUACUGAGGAAUCCUCGUUCACUCCUCCUAGCUCCAUCUCACAAAAACCACUAAAACCUGCACUGAAGAGACAAUCAGUUGUGGAUAGAGGCUCACAGAUACCUUCAAGACAGGACUCGGGCAUCGCCUUAAAAAGCCUCUUCUGCGCCCACCCAGAUACUGAAGGGGCGGAGGAGGAAGGCAUGGAGGAUGACAUGACCAUGAGAGAGAUCGCUGAGUGGGAGGAGCAACAGCUUGACGAGCAGGUCAACUUCAACAACUGUAAGAUCGACCCCGCCCCCUUUCAGCUGGUGGAGCGCACCUCACUGCACAAGACGCACACCAUUUUCUCUCUGUUGGGUUUGGACCACGCUUACGUCACCAGCAUCGGACGCCUCAUAGGGGUCGUAUCACUCCGGGAGCUGCGUAAGGCCAUCGAGGGUUCGGUGACGGUGAAGGGGGUGAAGGUGCGCCCCCCGCUGGCCAGCUUCAGGGACAGCGGUACCAGCAGCAGUGACACCGAAGUGACCGAGCUUCACAAACUGUGGAACCGCCACACCAACAUGACGUUGCCGAGCGACCACCAGCCCUCCGACUCGGACGAGAAAUCCCAGUGAAAAACAACGAAAACAAAGGGAGGAUGGAUGAAAGGGGUUGGAUAAGACUCGUAAUUAAUUUGUGAAUUUUUUUUUUUUUUUUUUUUUCUUUCUCUACGAAAGCUGAAGACAUGCACACUUCUGGGGGUUUUUUCUGGAAAGUUCUGUAUUCAGGUCGCUUGGUGAGCUCUUGGCGAAGUGGAUUUUAAACUCCUUAUCUUUCACAUCCUGCCUCUUCUGCACUGAUUUCGAUUUCCUAGUUUCGAAAAAAAGGGACGUACUAACGCUAACACUUCCUGAAUUCGAACAAUUUCAGACAAAACUGCGUGGUUGCUUUUCCACAGAUUCUGUUCUUCUCUCGUUCUUCCUCCAGUCUUUGAUCUUCCAGUCUUUUUUUUUUUUUUUGCAUUUUUAUACAGAGUCUUCCUAUAACAAGCAUCUUGAUGCUAGUUAGAGAUACCAAGUGAUAUUUAGCGAUAUUUACGCUGUUUUUAACGAGCGCUUUUAAAUGUCACGCCCACAUACGCACCUUUUUUCUUUGUUUUCUUUAUAAACUAAAAGGUCGACACUGCGUUUGUUGUAUAAUUUAUUCUUAAUUGCCGAUUAACGAUCGUAAUUAUCGGUUGUCCGUCUUGUACACUAACCACUCGUUUAAUUUUAAAUUCCAACGCAGUUAUCGAAAACAGAGAUUUAAUGCCGUUCUCAUUAACCAUGAUGCACUUUGCUGUAAAAAAAAACAAAACAAAACAAAACAAAUUCUCUCUCGGGAGUUGGUUUUGGUGAUUGUUCCAAAAUUCACUACAAUCAACAAAGUUCAUAAAAGGACUAUAAACUAUUCAAUUCUACACUGAUUUAUUUUGUCAGUUUCGAUGUAUUUAUAAAAUUAUUCUCGUUUGAAAACGCUAAAGAUUGGCGUCCAAGCUGAGCUUCCAACUUCUGGUUUUGGGGGGGGGGGGGGGUUCCAUGAAUUUAACAUUCCAGUCUGUUGUACAUAUCCCAGUUUGAACACUGAUAGAUCCUUCUGUUGGGUCUGAAGAACCUAAGGUUCCAAUUUCCAGAUAUGUUCCUCAAGGAACCUGUCUGCAUCUCAUCAUCUCAUCAGAGCAGACUCAGGUCUUUCAUAUGUUGGGUCAAAUGCUCUUACUUCCUGCUGAAUAUUCCCCGUAUAUAAGCUUUGUAGCAUCUCAUGUGACCUUCUUUUGGGUCUGAAGAAUCUAAGGUUCCUUUGAUAUGCUCAUCAAGGAACCUGUCCAUGUCUCAUCAUCUCAUCAGAAUAGAACCACAGAUUCUGGUUGGUUGUUAAUGUAUUGGCUCAAAUUCUCUUACUUCCUGCUGAAUAUUCCUUGUGUAAGUUUUCCAGCAUCUCACAGGACCUUCUGUGAGCUUGUAAUAUCUGCAAGCACCUCCACAUUUUUGACAUGCUUGCCAGAGUAGAACCUGGACAUUCCGAUCCAGUCACACAUUUAAUAAGGCAACUAUCCAGCACGAUGUUGGAGUCGACGUCAUGCUGAAUAGUUGCCUUAUUAAGUGCAUCAUAAGGACCUAAUGUUCCGCUUUCCCAAGGAACCUGUACACGCAGAAUCUAGUCAUACAUAUCCCGUAUCCUGAUUAAUAUCUUUCUUAUGGAGCUGGUGUAAGAUCUCGAGCAUCUGAUUGGACCUUCUGCGUGUUUAGUCUGGAGAUAAAAACCUAAAUGUUCAAAUAUGUUCCUCGAAGAACCUACAGCAGAACCUAGUCGUUCUCGUUCUAGGUCAAACAGUCGUAUUUCCUGCCGAAUAUUUGACUUGUAAUAUUCUUGAAGAAUCCAGAAUAAGUUACAGAAUACCUGGUAUGAAUGAUUCUGAUGAUCAAAGAUUCCAUCUUCUCAGUUUCUUUCUCAAAUAACCAGUCUACAGUUUGGUCACCUCAUCCAAAAAGGAACGGAAUUGGUUGGUUGCCAGGUCCUUGUCUGUUCCUGUAGGAACCGGUUCACAUUUUUGACUCGGACAUUCAUACUUGGACUCGGAUCUCCAGCAUCAUAUAAAAUGGGCUGUAAGUACCUGUGGUUCUCAGAUCCCACUUUAUUUCUUGAGGAACAUCAGCAUAUCCAUGUUUUGCUUCUUCUCAUCGGAGCAUAAUAUUCAGGACAGUCACCUCCUGGGUUAGACACCUUCUCCUUCCUGUAUAGUCAUCUCAUAUAUCUCAUGUAAGAUCUGCUAUAGUUCCAUUUAUUGUUUUGCAAGGGUUCUCAGAUCCCAAACAGUUCCUCGAGGAACCCUGUCCAUGUCUUGGUUGACUCGCAAGAGCCGAUUCUCAUCGUUCACGUCCUGGAGUCAGCUGCUUCCUGCCGAAUAAUGCCUGGAUGCAUAUUUUCUCAUUUCUUAAAGUCUUAAUGUUUCCAGAUUUUUCAAGAGAGUGUUCAUCACAUCCACAUCCACAACAUGAUAUUCCAACUGAAUCUGGACCUCGUUCCUGGAUCUUGUACCCUGUGGAGUUCCUUCACCCUCGGAUCUAAUAUUCAGACACUCCUGGUAGUCUUAAGUAGCCGGAUACCCUUAGAUCAGACGUGGAGUCGGAGUCUGAUGGUGACGGACCUUCAGGAUCCCCUAGUUUGGGUAUCUAUGAUCUGGUAGCGCUUUUCCACCAGUCAGUGUAGCUCAGGUCUGCCAGUUUAUCAUGAUCCUAAAUUUGGUUCCCUUUUCUGUUCAGAUACCAUGUGAGCCAGGAGCGGGAAAUAUGGGUGGGGCUAGAAAUGGUGCAGAGCGCUGAUUGGCCAAAGACCUUGAUCAUUAAUUUCAUGCUUUAGAUUUGUAUUUGAUUUAUUUCCCUGCAGUAAUUCUUUGCAUUUCGCUGACACUUGGCAUGAUUUUUACAUUUGGUUCCUGUACCCGGUGUAAAUCUUGCCCUCUAUUCACUAUGCAUGCUGCCUACAUAGGGUACAACCUAACGGUGCUGUUUAUCCUACCUAGUGCAUUACGGUCACAGUAGUAUGCCUUUUUGAGAUCAGUCGAGGGAAAAUGAACAGCGCUUUGUUUUUUCACGAGUUUGCACCGUCUCCCUUCGCUGAGAUUAAAGUAUUGGCGCCCCCGUUGUCUUCCGUGUGGAUUUCGGCAUUGAAAUAAAUGAGCUGUGUCUAGGUCUGAGUAAUUUGUACUACAGUAGCUUUAUGGGCGGGGGGCGGGGGGGGGGGGGGGGUUGCAUCAAAGAAAAUGGACUCGUAUUGGUCAAUUUUCACACUUUUUAAAAAAAACAAAACAUUUUAUAACUAGUCUCCCCCGACAACCUUCACUGAAGCUCCUCCUGCUUUCACAGCUAAAGAUAUCGACAGGUAUUUGACCAGGACGUGUUUAGUCCGAGGUUUGGAUCAGGAACUGAGCCUUGCUUUACCAUCAGGUGGGAAAUUGCCGAUAGUAGGGAUGCAUCAAUAAAAAAAAAAAACUUUAGACUAAGUACAAGUAUGAAUACAUCUUUGGUACUCGACAACACAGAAAUGAGUAACCUACUUAGUAUUAAUCAAUCAGGGAUAUCGUGUAACAUUUUAUUCAGCUCUGUUUUUAUGUUUCCACGAUUUACAUAGUGGCCAUGAAAAUUGAACGUGUGCGUGUCUACGCGCAUACGCUACUAGACUCCUUCUUUAUAACAUUAGCUGGUUGAUUUUAAAAGAAGAAGCACAUUAGCUAGCUAAAUUAGUUAGCUCGGAUCAUGUAGGGUUGCAUUUCAGGUCAUCUGUUCCUCAGCGUACACUAGGAUUAGGUCACAAGGUACCACGUGGUAUCAGAUGUUUGUAUCGGAGGGUUUUUACAAGUACGAGCAUAUCGGUAUCGUUAUCGGUGCAUCUCUAGUUGUUGAGGAUGUGAAGCGAGGACCGGAUUCUAACGAACAGAAUCUUAACUGCACGCCUUAAUAAACGUCUGAGUUUGUACAAUAAAUAAGUCUUUUUGCAUGUUGGAGAGUUCGUCAAAUCGACGACGGCCAAUCUUCAAGUGUUUUACAGUAUUUUUGAAAUGUACAUUUCUAAACAAGUCUUCUAGAACAAAAAAACGGAGAUGGACGCUCUUCUUUCCUCAUCAUCUUAUCUGUCGUUGUGGAUGUUUUCGUCAUUAUCCAGUGCGUAAUGUAUUCAUAUUGUGGGGUUUUUUGUAUUGUGUUGGGGUUUUUGUUUGUUUAAUCGGUUAAGCUGAUUUUAAUGUUGAUUCUUGAUCCUGACAACUGUCCAUCAUUCUCCCUCUGGCCAAUACGCUCGGGUGUGGGUGAGUGGAAGGCGGGGUUUGCCUCCUUUUUUUUUUUUCCUUUUUUAUACAGAGCACCUUAUAGCUAUGAUUUAUCAUUUUGGGUUUAGAGAUUUAAUAUAUUUGCCUCUUAACAUAUCAGUACUGGAACGAUCGCGUAUUAACGUAAGAUCUGAUCAAACUUUGUUUGUUUGUUUGUUUGUUUGUUUAUGACUCCAGUUCCGACAGGGAACCAUAUUACCAAUGUGCUAGAUAGCAUUGCCCUGAAACUCUUGAGUGAAUGUUAACUUUUGUCUGACGAAGUGCCUAAAAACAUCUCAAAUGUGAUUAUUGUUUUAUUUUUAUUUUUUUUUUGAAAGUGUUGUAGAUUUAUUCACACUGAUACACGCACAUGAUGUUGAUUUAGUAUUUUAUUAUUUUAUUUUUACACUCCUCAUUACUCAUACUUUAUUUCGGGUAACCAUAGCAACCUAUUCUCAUCCUUUAUCAUAACAACAAGACAAAAAAAAAAAAUCAUGAUCAGACUUUUAUUUAUUUCUUGAGUUGUCGUUUGUGUUUUCGUCUCACUUGUUUCAAAUCACAAGUGCAUAUUUAUUAACAAUCACCUGAAGAGAAAUCGAUCGAGCAGAGCAACAGGAUUUAUAUAUAUAUAUAUAUAUAUAUAUA